GUGUGUGGUGAGGAAUUAUUCUUUGUCAGCGUUCUUUAAGUUAUAUACUAUUCUUUAUUAUAGAUUUUAAUUUACUAAUAAAUUAAAUGAAGAUGUUGUUUCUUUCAUAAUUGAGUUUCAUCUGAUUACUUUCUUAGGUCAAUUGGCAUGAUUUUGCUUUUUUUGACCCUGUAAUGUAUGAGAGUUUGCGGCAACUAAUCCUCGCUUCUCAGAGUUCAGAUGCUGAUGCUGUUUUCUCAGCAAUGGAUUUGGCAUUCGCAAUUGACCUGUGUAAAGAAGAGGGUGGAGGACAGGUUGAACUCAUUCCUAAUGGUGUAAAUAUACCAGUCACUCCCCAGAAUGUGUAUGAGUAUGUGCGGAAAUACGCAGAGCACAGAAUGUUGGUAGUUGCAGAACAGCCAUUACACGCAAUGAGGAAAGGUCUACUAGAUGUGCUUCCAAAAAAUUCAUUAGAAGAUUUAACAGCAGAAGAUUUUAGGCUUUUGGUAAAUGGCUGUGGUGAAGUUAAUGUGCAAAUGCUGAUCAGUUUUACCUCUUUCAAUGAUGAAUCAGGAGAAAAUGCUGAGAAGCUCUUGCAGUUCAAGCGUUGGUUCUGGUCAAUAGUAGAGAAGAUGAGCAUGGCAGAACGACAAGACCUUGUUUACUUUUGGACAUCAAGCCCAUCAUUACCAGCCAGUGAAGAAGGAUUUCAGCCUAUGCCCUCAAUCACAAUAAGACCGCCAGAUGACCAACAUCUUCCUACUGCAAAUACUUGCAUUUCUCGACUUUAUGUCCCACUCUAUUCCUCUAAACAGAUUCUCAAACAGAAAUUGCUACUCGCCAUUAAGACCAAGAAUUUUGGUUUUGUGUAGCGUAUGAAAUGUGUGUAUUGCUGUGUAAUAUUACUAGCUAAUUUUGUAGAUUUUUUCCAUUUGUCUAUAAAAGUUUAUGGAAGUUAAUGCUGUCAUACCCCUCUAGUGGUACCUUAAAGAGACUGAAUGCAAACAUUCCUUGCUGAGUUUGUAGAUCAAAGACCAGAGGAGCACUAGCAACAUUUGGCUGUUUGCUAGUCAACAACUUCUGGGUCUAACCCCAGCCAAAGAUGACAGCAGAACAACAUAAUUUACACUGUGAUUUAUCUUUUUGCUGAGGGGGAAAAAUGUAAAAUGUUCUGAAAAUUCACUGCUGCCUUUGUGGAAAGUGUUUCAGCAAAGGUUCUUGUAUAGAGGGAAUAGGGAAUUUCAAAAUAAAAAAUUAAGUAUGUUCUGUGUUUUCACUUUAACUUUUUUUAUGGUGUUUAAUUUGUGGUUGGCUGCAAUUGUGUAUCAUGUAUAUGGAACUUGUAAAAAGUUCUUGACAUUCAGAUCUUAAAGAUGAAAUCCCUUUUACCUAUAAAAACCACUUUUAUUAUGGUUUAUUUUGGCAGCAUUGAGCUCUAGGAUAUUAAAUGAUAUCACUAAUAUUUUGCAUGUAAUUUGUUCAUUUGAGUGAGGGCACUUUUUUUUGUACAUAUGAUGGGGCCAAUGCACAAUACUUUAUCACAAUCAACUUUUUUUCUUUGUAUCCCUAUUUCAAUGAGCAGUCAGUCAGGAGGUUACUGCAUUUCAGUUCUAACUAGACAUUUGUACUAAAGUUUUUCAGUUAUGUAAAGUCAGCCUGGGCACUUUCUGAUAACUGUAAAAUGUUUUAUAAGAUCAUAAUUAUUGAAGAUACAUUUUGGAAAAUUUUAAAUGUUCGUGAGCAGCUUAACUACUUUUGUAUCUAGCCUUUUUUAAGUAUCUUGUUACAUUUACUUUUUUAAAUAAAUUACAGAAGACAUGUCAAGUAA